CUGUCUGGAGUUGGAAAUGACAGUCAGUGAGGAGGAGGGUGAGGUUUGGUGCUGUGUCCGAAAAACGAGCGACGAUUCUGUUCGGAGUGAAACUGUGGAAAAAAAAAUAGAACCCGACCCACGACCGGUUGGAAAGAAACUAACCCUGAAACACGAAGUAUCAGUCGGACGUAGCUGCUAAAGGAGGACGCGGAGGGCUGCGGAACAGAGUGUCAUGGCCGCCCUGUUUACCGAGCUGCCCUCCUAGACCCGCCUGAUAUCUAGAUACGCAUACCGUAACAUCCCCGCAAUCCACCCACGCCCACUCCUAGGGAUGACAACCUCCCAUCUGAACGGCAAUGUUGCAGAGGAGGAGGAGGAAGAGGAGGAGGAGGGGGGAGGAGGAGGAGGAGGAGGAGGAGGGGAUGAAGAACUGAGGGGAGGACAGCAGCACCGGGAGAUGGCUGUCGACUGUCCUGGUGAGCUGGGCAGUCGAACUCUGCCGGUCCGACGGUCCGCACAGCUGGAGAGGAUACGACAGCACCAGGAGGAUCUCCGUCGCCGCAGAGAGGAGGAGGGUCGGCAGCUGGACCUGAACGCCUCGCUCAGACUCAGGAAGCUCUCCCAGCAUCCCCACAUCGGGAUCGACAACCCCACAUUCCUGCAAGACUCGCACACAUCGCAGCAGCAGCCGCUCGGCAGCCAGCACACACACGCACUGCUGGAGUUGGAGGAGCUGCUGUUGUCACUGAAGCAGGUCAGGGGCUGCCUGUCCGACCAGCAGAGCCAGCAUGACGUGGAGCUGGUUUAUGCACUACUAAACAAGUCUGACUUCCAGUCAGCCUUGAAGAUCCAUAAUGCCGUGGCCACCAGCAUGCACCGACCCUCUCCUCCGUACCCACACACACACCAGGCUCUUCAGCUGGCCUUGGAGACCAGGAGUCUCAUCCAGUCGAGUCAGAACAAAGAGGGCCUGGAACUCCACAGCCUGCUGUCAGACACACACAUCCAGUCAUUGCUCCUGGCCCAUGACAGCAUAGCGGAGACGGAGAUGCAGCCUGAGCCGCUGCCCUCCGAGGGAGAGACACUGACCCAGUGGGGAGAAGAGACUGUGAAGAUAGUCCGCAUCGAGAAGGCCCAGGACAUACCGCUGGGGGCGACUGUCCGUAAUGAGAUGGACAGUGUAGUGAUCAGUCGCAUCGUUCGAGGGGGAGCAGCUGAGCGAAGUGGACUUCUCUCAGAAGGAGAUGAAAUACUGGAGAUCAACAGCAUAGAGAUCAGAGGGAAAGAUGUCAACCAAGUCUUUGACAUACUUGCGGACAUGCACGGCCUGCUGACCUUCGUGCUUAUUCCCAGCACUCAGAGCAAACCUCCUCCCGUCAAAGAGUCUGUGGUCCACGUGAAGGCCCAUUUCGACUACGACCCAUCAGAUGACCCCUACGUGCCGUGCAGAGAGCUGGGCCUGUCCUUCCAGAAAGGAGAUAUUCUCCACAUCAUCAGCCAGUCGGACCCCAACUGGUGGCAGGCGUACAGGGACGGAGACGAGGACAACCAGCCUCUAGCCGGACUGGUGCCAGGGAAGAGUUUCCAGCAGCAGAGAGAAGCCAUGAAACAGACCAUAGAAGAAGAAAAGGAGCCGGAGAAGUCUGGGAAGCUGUGGUGCGCGAAGAAGAACAAGAGGAAGAGAAAGAAGCUGCUGUACAACAUUCACAGGACCGAUGAUGUUGACAACGAGGAGAUUCUCACCUAUGAGGAGAUGGCUUUGUACCACCAGCCGGCCAAUAGGAAGCGGCCGAUUGCACUGAUUGGUCCAACCAGCUGCGGGCAGGUGGAGCUUAGACAGAGACUGCUCAACAGUCAACCAGAACGCUUUGCUGGAGCUGUACCCCACACCACAAGGAGCCGUCGGGAUUGCGAGCUGAGUGGUCGAGAUUACCACUUUGUGUCUCGUCAGACCUUUGAGGCAGAACUGGCAGCAGGGAAGCUGAUAGAGUCCGGUGACUUUGAGAAGAACCUGUAUGGGACGAGCACGGACUCGGUGAGACAGGUCAUCAACACUGGAAAGAUCUGUGUGCUCUGUCUGCACACACAGGCUCUUAAGGUGCUCAGGAGUUCUGACUUGAAGCCUUACAUCAUCUUCAUAGCUCCACCCUCCCAGGAAAGACUCAGAGCCCUAUUGGCUAAAGACAACAAGAACCCAAAGCCUGAGGAGCUGAGGGACGUCAUUGAGAAAGCACGGGAGAUGGAGCAGAGCUGCGGUCACCUGUUUGACGCCAUCAUCGUCAACACGGACCAGGACAAAGCCUUCAACGAGCUGCUACGACUCAUCAACAAACUGGACACUGAACCCCAGUGGGUGCCCUGCUCCUGGCUGCGCUGAGAACACACACACACACACACACACACACACACACACACUCACACACCAGUCACACUGGAGUACACAUUUCUAGCGGUCCAACACAGCGGACGCCGGCCACCGCCAGGAGAGGACAAGUCUUUUGAGAGUUGGAAUGAUAUGAUAUGAGAUGAAGUGGGAAUCAUCACAAUAUUACAACCUAAAGUUGUUAUUUUACAAUACAAUGUCGUAAUAUUAGGAUAUAAAUGGGGGAAAAACAACCAUCUUAUUAUAAGAUAAUGUAGUUUUAGGAGAAAAAGUCCUAAUAUUUUUAGAUCAAUUUCACAAGAAAGGGUCAAGACAAUUAGCAAGAUAUAAGUCAAAAUAUUAACAAAUAAAAUUGGAUUAUCAUUUGAAAUAAAUCCUACAUAUUUGGGGAUAAAGUUGGGAUUUCACUAAAAAAUGAAAUAUCCAGUACAAAGUAAUACUAUUACAGAGAAGAUGUAGUUUCAGAUUAGUGUUUGUACAGGUGUGUUGGUUUAUCCUGACACUAUAUGUUUCUGCUGUACUGGUCUUAGUUGACGAGGGUGUGGAGGCUUGGACUACAUCUACUACAAUUAUUAUCAUAGAAUUAUUGAUGUAUUGUUGAAAUGUGACUUUUCUUGUAAUUCCAGCUUUAUUCUCAUGACAUCCAACUUUUGGUCUUCUCUUACCAUUGACCCUAAAACUACUACAGAGAGUACUGGUAGUAGACUGUCUGGACCUGUUGGCACUAUGUUUAGCUUGUGUGUCUGGAGGAAACAAAGAGGCCGUGGUCGGUCUGCGAGCUUUGUGUCCAGCUGUUCAUACGACACUCAUCUUUCUCCUCAUCAGUUCUCAGUGAGAACAAAAUAUGGACCUGGAAAAGUCACUUUUUCCUCUUUUCUUCUUCUUUUUCUCUGCUCUCAGAGCUCUUUCUCCUUUUAUUACGCACCCUUUGCCUUCACUCUGUCCUCAUUUCAACCGUUAUGAUUCGAAAUAUUUAAGAUAUAACAGUCACAAUUAUGUUAUCUUUUUGCAGUGCCGAGAAUCCGUGUAAAAAAAAAACAAACAACUAAAACAAUUUGUGUUCAGACUUUAGUUUUUGCACAGAUGAGGCCCCCGGUGAGUCGUGAAAAGUCACACACACAAACCUAGAUUCAUAAAGUGCUAAUUUAAAUCCACGCUCAGCCGUUAUUGCUACGAAGAACACACAUACACACACACACACACACAGCUGUGUAUGUACACACCAGAACAGUGCAUUAGACGCUGACUUCCCCUAGAAGUCUUUCCACGUGUGGCCUGAAGCUGCAGCCUUCUUCUCCCUGACUGACAGUUGACUGACUGGUUUCUGAGCGACUCUACUGGUCAAAUGCAAACUUUUGCAAUAAACACUUAAUUAAAGGACGCAGCACUUGAUAUUUCCUCUCUGACCGUUCAGUUGUUCUGACCGACCGUCUCGUCUGCUGACUCGUUCCGUCUGAUCACAUCUGAUGUCUGAGUGGGUACAGGAAACGUGAACGUUGUAGUUUAUAGUCGUGAUGCUGAAGUUGUUAUAUAUUUAGUGUGAAUGGAUAUAUUUUGUGUGUGUGUGAAUGGAUGUGUGUGCCUGUCUUUGAAGACAGCAAAGUAUUAUUAUGACCUGAAAUAGACCUGACGAACUAUCACUCAUCACUGGCUAGAGCAUUUAUAUAUUUGUAAUAUUGAAAAAUAGAUUUAUGAAGUCCAGAAUGCACCAAUAGGAUUGCAGGUUUCACCUUUUGCCUCAACUGCCAUUGGUCCAGGAGGAGGAGAGGGCGGAGCUUAGCGGAAUUAACUGUAUUGAAUGUAAAGUUAAUUGAUACCACUUGUUGUUUAUCAGACAUCCCUUCUUCCUGAGUAAAUCUGCUUUUUGUAUGAAUAUUCACAACGAAUAAAUAAAUAGAUCAUUGAUAGACGA